UUAUAGGAUUUUAGGUGUUUCUUUCUUGUCUUUUUUUUUUUUAUCUCAUUUGAUUGUGAGGGAUUUAGAAUAAGAAGUAAGUACUGUCUGAUCCACACUAUGGAACAGACAGGUGGCGGUAAUGCACCAUUGAGCUGGAUGCCAUCCGCCGUCAAACCCGAAAAAGAAGAAGAAGAAGAAGACAGUUUCAUAACAAUACGUCACUUCCUCUGACCGCUGCUUAAGGUUAUCUACCUCAUGACUCAAUGUUGCGUUUGAUCGCAACAUCCCUGUGCCUCAGAUGCCAAAGUGCCGCAGCUCUAUCUUUACACAUAAGACCAUGUGCAACACUCAUCCCAGCAGAGAACCAGCAGACUGUGGAGGCUCUCUACGAUCUCUCUGUGGACAUCCAGAAGGUGCGGAAACUAAAUAGCUGGGUCCUGCAUCAGAGCCCAGCCUACACUAAGGAGGUAGCAGACCUGCUGAAGGACUUAGGGGCCUCGGGCCCUGUCAUUGCCCGGAUCCUCACAGUUCACCCUGAGGCGGUUCUCUGCCAGCCGGAGCAGAUGCAGACUCAGAGGGAGCUGUGGAUGUCCGUGUGCCCGAAACACAAAGAGCUGGUUGGUAUCAUUGAGAACUUCCCAGCCUCCUUCUUCACUUCCUCCAGCCACCACGACAACCAGCGGAACAACAUCACUUUCUUCCAGAGCCUUAACCUCAACAAGAGAAUUAUCACUAAGCUCAUGGCCAGCGCUCCGCUGAGCUUCAGUCGGCCGGUAGAGCAGAACGAGGUGAUGGUGCGCACCCUCCAGCAGGCUUACCAGGAGCUCGGGGGGGAGGAGGCCAACAUGAAGAUCUGGCUGCAGAAGCUGCUGAGUCAGAACCCGUUUGUUCUCCUGAAGCCCCCUGAGGUGCUAAGGGAGAACCUGCUGUUUCUGAGGGACAAGGGCUUCAGCACCGCCGAGCUCCUCCACCUGCUCUCCAAACUCAGGGGAUUUGUCACCGAGCUGAACCCCGACAGCAUGCGCCGCACCCUGGCGUACUCGCAGGACACCAUUGGCUGCUCCGAGGCAGAGCUGCGGCACAUCAUCCUCAACUGUCCGGCUGUGCUUUACUACCCUGAGGAUAUUCUGGCCGAGCGCUUUAAGGGCCUGCUCAGCGUUGGAAUCAGCAUGUCGCAAAUCAAAGAGACUCCGACCAUUUUGGAGCUGACCACGCAGAUAGUGAAUUAUCGCAUCCAGCGACUGAGGGUGCAUGGGUAUGACGUAAGGACAGGUAGUCUGGAGGUCCUUAAUGGCACUAAAAAGGACUUUGAGAUGAGCUAUGGAAAAUUACAUCUACGUAGUGAAAGACCUAUUUUUAACCCUGUCGCCCCUCUAAAAGUGGAUGACUGACAUCAUUUGUAUGGAUUAAAUCAAGAGAAUUAAAGUUUAAACUGGAUGUGUAUUAAUAUUCUUAUUUAUGUUAUUCAGUGUAGGAUUAAGGUGUGCACCCAUUUCAAACAUUACAUUUAUAAUGGGAUACAUCUGUUUAUCCCACAUAUAUCUAUUUAUGCCACUUUAACUUGAGUGUCUGUUGGAAAGUAUCUCAGUAUGCACGAUUUAUGGGUGUAAAUGUGUAAAUACAGGCUAAAUGUAUAUUUAAGGUGUGAAAAAUUAGGAUGAAGGAUCACACUUUGGCAGAAAGUAUUUGAGAGUCCCUUUCUGCUGCCAAAAUAUUCAAAGUAAUUUAAAUCCAAACAACAAACUGCUUUGUUCCUGUAAUAAUGAAGUGUAUCUAAACACCAAAUGCAGAAAAUUAAAAUAUUCACACGGAUCAAAGAAAACUCACAAUUUUUCAGUCUGAUGGCAUUACAAAUGAAAUACAUCACACUUACUGCAGGAGUAAAUUCAUGUUGUGUAUGUAGGUAUCAACUUCCCAGAGAGUAAGACAAAUGUAUUGGCAUCAAAAUAUUUAGGAGAGAGUCCCUUGCCAAAUAAAGAAUGUAUUACAGCUUAUUUGCGAGUCACUUUAUAACUUCAA